AUGCCUAAUGAUGUUACUAAAUGGACAGAAAAACAUUUUAUUUCCUUGAAGAAAUCAGUUGAACAGUUUAUUCCACUUAUCCGACUUUUCGAAAUUUCAUCCAAAGAUUUUUAUCAUAAAGUUCGACCAUACAAGAAAAUACUUCCUCAAAAUAUAUAUGAAGACCUUAU